UCUCUCUCUGUCUUUGUGUCUCUCUCUGUCUCUUCUCUUUUUUUGUCCACAUGUGUCUAUGUCUCUGUCUUGGUAUAUAUAAGCUUCUUUAUAUCAGUGUGUUUUCCAUAUCUUCCUGUUUCUGUUUCUGUUCUUAUUUCCUAUUUCCUUUCUCUCUUUCUCCCUAUCCCUAAUUCUUUCCAUCCUUAUCUCCUCCCUGGUCCCUUCUCCACUUUCUCUUUCUCUCUCCUCAGAUUCUCCCCAUGACCUCAUCUGGAGUCCUAUGUCUCGUGGGGGCACUGAGCCUCCAUGCGCUUUGGCUGCAGCCACCAGAGGCUCAGGGGGCUCCCAAUCUUGAUAACUCCCACUCAUCUCGCCCAGCCCUACCCCAGACAGCUCAACAGUUCAGCCAGAAGAGCCUCAUAAGAGACACUCUCAAACCAGCUGCCCAUCUUGUUGGAGACUUCAGCGCCAAGGACUCUAUACAUUGGAGAGCAAGCACAGAUCACGCUUUCCUCCGACAUGGCUUUUCUCUAAGGAACAACUCUCUCUUGGUCCCCACAAGCGGCCUCUACUUCAUUUACUCCCAAGUUGUCUUCUCAGGAACCAGUUGUUCUCAGGUUACUCCCACCCCACUCUAUUUGAGCCAUGAGGUUCUCCUCUUCUCCACCAAGUACCAAGUUCAUGUACCCCUCCUGAGUGCUCAAAAGUCUGUGUGCCCAGGGACUCAAGGAUCCUGGAUGAAAUCAGUCUACCAAGGAGCUGUGUUCCUGCUCACCCAGGGAGAUCAGCUAUCCACUCAUACAGAGGGUAUCUCUCACCUGCUCCCGUCCCCUAGUAGUGUCUUUUUGGGGGCCUUUGCACUAUAAAGAAAUAGAAAAAUAAAGAGAAAAAUGGCUUCAAGGCCCAUCUCCAUGUCCCUUCUUCUAUUUCUACAGUUUCAAAGGUCCACAUCAUCACUCUCUGCUUCCAACAUGGUUUCAUUUCUUUCAAGUACUUCCCUUCUCUACAACCUCCAAAGACGGAAUUCUGGGUGGUUUGAAGACACUCCAGAAUGGGGGUUGAGGUGAGGAACCACACACACCCUCACCCCUAAACCACUGCCAAAUUUUGGAUUGAGAAUUUCCCAUACAAAAAUAAUAUCCAUUAGUAAUUAGAGUGAGAUUUAAGCCUGGUCAUGGAAGGGAAAAAGAAACAGGGUAUGGAGGAUGGGAAUCAGAGAUUGGUUGGUAGAAGGAAUAGAGAAAAUUAUUUAUGAAUGUUGAAUAUUAUUUAUUUAUAGAGAAACAGAGAAUGAGAAGAGGGAGCUAGAAAAGACAGAAAACUAUCAAGGGAAGACUUAUCAGGUAGACACAGAGGCAAAAUAGAGAAAAAGUAGAAAAGGAAUAAGAGAGAGGGAAGGAGGUGGUUUGUGUGAGAAAGAGAAGGACUUGUAAAAAUGGUGACAGCAGAGUGUUAGGGACCCUGCCUGGACUUAUGCCCUCAGCAAUGUUUCAAUAAAUAUUUUUC